AUGUCCUUGAGAGUGGUCGGUGAUCCAGAAUUAUUUGAAAAAUUAAAGGACUUAAUAAACAAGAUUAAUUGGAAUAUCGAAGAAGAGCGAUGUAAUUUUCUUGUUCAAUUCUUUCUAAUGAUUUGCCAAGACGUUGGAACCGAGUAUCCAUUUCCUGCGGUUCAGCACUAUUUGCGUCCCGAACAGAUUCAGCGUCUUCUCUGGGAUUCCAUAAAUUACGAGGACAAAGAGCUCGGUUAUGAUCCAGGCGACUUAUUCAUUGAGGUCGCAGGCCUGGAAGGAUACAAAGACGAGCCCGACGUUGAUGAAAAUGGAAUUAUAUCGCCGCGUCGCUCCACACCAAUACAUCAAGCGGUUAAAAACUGCGAAAAGCCCCGUGACUGGAUUCAGGUGAUAGGUGACCUUUUUCAAAUCUACAACAGGUUUGAUGUGAACUACACCGACGAGACGGGCUACACGCACUUUCACGCGGCCUGCCAGUUUGGCUGCGUCGAAGCCGUUCAGAGCUUUCUCGAACACGGACAGGAUCCCAAUUGUAUCGUGCCACAAACGGGUGAUUCAGCACUACACAUUGUCUCGAGUUGCCCAGAAUUGAACAACGAUAUGAUGGUAUUGCUGCUGAGAGGAGGCGCCGAUUCAAACUUAGCCAACAAGCAAGGUUUGACACCUUUGCACACCAUUGCCGAAUUAUGCUGGGAUGCCAAAAUAGUGAUAGAGCAAUUCUUCCUGACCAAUGACGAAUUGAAUCAGCUGGUGCAUAUCGACGCCCGUGACAAGUUGGGCAAUACACCGCUUCAUCUGGCUUUGAAAGAAGGCUGGGCAAAGGUGGUCGAGGUGCUGCUGAGAAGAGGAGCCAGUCCGAACUUAGCCAACGACGGAGGACAUACUCCUUUGCAUGUUAUUUGCGCGAGAGACCAAUUUCAUGCCGAUGACUUGGCGGAAUUUUUUUUCAAGAUCAACGACGAGCUCAAUCAGCGGGUGCAGAUUGACGCUCGGGACAAGUUGGGCAGGACGCCGCUGCAAUUGGCCUUGUCAAAUCUCGGAGUGUACACGGUCAAGUCUUUGCUGAAUCGUGGUGUCGAUCUGUCAAACUUCGUACUUCGCAAUUCGAGUCAGUUCGACGAGCGCUUCCAGUCGGGCCUCUACAAAAUAGUUAAUAUUAGAGAAGUUUUACUUCUGAUGGCAGUCCAUAGACAGCUAACUUAA